CUUUCCCUUUUGAUUGGCUGCGACCGAGACUAGUUCUUGUAUGAUAUCUGAAGGCCAGUUUUGACGAGUUACUGAUCUAUACCUAAGUAGACCGAAUUUGGCAGGUGUGUUUGAGUUCUUGUAGCAAGACCUACACAAGACCAGACGUUACAUGUCUCUCGAGACUUCAAUCCACCUCUGAGAAAGUGCAAGGCAAGGGCAUGUAUUGAUCAGACUUAACCACGAAGCACUUGUGCUAUAACUCAGUGACGAAUGAACUAGUUGCUGCUGGUUUACCCAGUCCCAGAUGGAUCCCUUCUAACUGAUGACUUCGAAUACGUCAGGAAAACCCUGAAUUAAAAUCUGAAAAGUGGCUGAAACCCCUGAAAAAAACACAUUUGAGUGCUUCACUGUAAAUCUAUAACAGGUUUUCUCAACCAACUCUAUCUCAAUUUCCAUCAGAAAUCAAACUUUAUAACGUCCAAGGAGCUUAACGUUUCAUUUAAUGCACUUAAACCUAUGCAUAAAUGCUCUGCUCCAAUCUUAAAACUGUCCCGCUAAAAUCCCUCACUACCAUUCGCAUUGCACGAGCAAGCUUUCUCUUUAACUAAGCCAUGAAGAGGAAGAGAGCAAUAUUAUCACCUGCACGCCUACUCUCCAAGUUUGGCUCGAAACUCAUCAUCCUUCUCUGCCUUGUGCUUGUUCUCAGACUUCACUUUCACACCACGUUUCAGUCUUUGAUGCACUCUUUUUAUCUGUCAUCUCGUGUUUUCGGUGAUGAUCCCUUUAAAGGUACUCCUAAGAUCGCUUUUCUCUUUCUUGCUCGCAGAAACCUGCCUCUUGAUUUUCUUUGGGGCACCUUCUUUAAGAAUGUUGACGCGGGAAUGUUCUCAAUUUAUGUUCACUCGGAACCUGGUUUUGAUUUCAACGAAUCGAACACGAGGUCACGUUUCUUUUAUGGUCGGCACUUGAAUAAUAGCAUUCAGGUAGCAUGGGGAGAAUCAAGUAUGAUAGAAGCAGAGAGAUUAUUAUUUGAAGCUGCUCUAGAUGAUCCAGCAAAUCAGAGAUUUGUACUUCUCUCUGAUAGCUGCAUACCUUUGUACAACUUCAGCUAUAUUUACAGCUACUUAAUGUCUUCUCCCAAAAGCUUUGUGGAAAGCUUUAUUGAUGUUAAAGAAAAUCGGUAUAGUCCUGAGAUGUCACCUGUCAUACCAAAGGAAAAAUGGAGGAAAGGAUCUCAGUGGAUCACGUUGAUUAGAAGAGAUGCUGUAAUUGUCGUAGAUGAUGAUAUUGUUUUUCCUGUUUUCAGGAAAUUUUGUAAGCGCUGGCCGCCUGCAAACUUAAAAAUGAGAUGGCAGAUGCUGCAGGCUUUUGAGCUGUUUCGGAAUAUUCAGAAUGGCCAUAACUGUAUACCUGAUGAACACUAUGUCCAGACAUUGCUCAAAAUCGGUGGGCUUGAAAAUGAACUUGAACGAAGAACAUUGACUUAUUCAUUAUGGAAUCAAUCUGAUGAAGGAGGGGAAAUGAGCUUAUGGCACCCUUUUCAUUUUGAUUAUGCUGAUGCAGGUCCCCAACUAAUUCAAGAAAUAAAGGUCAUCAACCAUGUUUAUUAUAAGUAUGAAGACCAGAAGGAGCCGUGCCAUGUCAAUUUUACAACUGCUCCUUGUUUUCUAUUUGCAAGGAAGUUCACACCUAGAGCAGCCGAUCGCCUGUUGACUGAGCGCUCCAUUGAUCUUCAAUGAUGCUGCUUCGGCGGCAUUCCAUAUGCAGCGCCUUAGUUAUCAUUUAAUUUAGGAAAAAAAGGGUAGCAGAGAAGUAGAAAACAAGAAGAUAUAAACUUUCAUAGUGAUUUUCACAUAUUGUAGACACCAAAAGUAAGCGUAAUAAGAUUUUCAUGGAGUGGCACAUAGGAGGAAGAUAGUUUCUUCUUUUUAAUAACUGUUUGGAAGACGGAGCAGUUUGUUCUUUUUAAUAACUGUUUGGAAGAUGGAGCCAACCUUGGAGGAAUCGCUCAAAAAGAAUCGGGUCUGUUCUUAAAAUUUCUUUAUGCCAUAUUCAUGUCAUUUCAUUGGAUUGUCUAGUCCUAUAUAUUCUUCAAGCACUUUUACAUAUAACUAAAGAUUGCCUGUCUGUAUGUACAUGACCAAAUCAAAGAACAAUGACGAAUGUCAGAUGUGAUUCUGACAAAACUCACCGAUGACUAAAGUCAGUGGUCCGAAGAAGGUUUGGAGAAUGAGAGUAUAGGGCAUGCAUUUUUGGUCGUAGGAGAGUGUUAGGGAAGUGGGAAAAAAAACCAAACCAAAGAAAACGAGUUAGAUGCGGAUGUUAUUUGUCGUGUCUUUUUUGGAUUGGACAAUCAUCGGUUAUGGAUUAAACUAGUUCGAAUUUAUUUUGAAUAAAGAGAGAUUACAAGCAUGAU